AGAAGGGGGACGGUCACGUGUGCCGCCGGCGGCGCGACUAGGCUCCAGGUGCUCGCGGCCGCGGGCUCCCGGGACCGCGGUCCCUGCCCCUCGCCGGCGCCGCAGCCAGGUACUCUGCUGUCAGAUACGCCCUCGCCAGGUGGCCCUGGACGCGCCAGGCUGGGGUCGCCUCUCAGCGCCCCGCGGGGCCCAUGGAUGACGAGACAGCAGAGGAGCAGGGGGGGCCCGCGCCCCCGCAGGGUGCACCUGCCGGCUCAACUGGCGCUCCUGCCCUCGGGGGGCGGAGGGAACCCAAGAAGUAUGCAGUGACCGAUGACUACCAGUUGUCCAAGCAGGUGCUGGGCCUGGGUGUGAACGGCAAGGUGCUGGAGUGCUUCCACAGGCGUACUGGGCAGAAGUGUGCCCUGAAGCUCCUGUAUGACAGCCCCAAGGCCCGGCAGGAGGUGGACCACCACUGGCAGGCCUCAGGAGGCCCCCACAUUGUGCGCAUCCUGGACGUGUAUGAGAACAUGCAUCACAGCAAGCGCUGUCUCCUCAUCGUCAUGGAAUGCAUGGAAGGUGGUGAGCUUUUCAGCCGGAUUCAGGAACGUGGCGACCAGGCUUUCACUGAGAGAGAAGCUGCAGGAAUCAUGCGGGAUAUUGGCACUGCCAUCCAGUUCCUGCACAGCCAGAACAUCGCCCACCGAGAUGUCAAGCCUGAAAACCUGCUCUACACGUCCAAGGAGAAAGAUGCAGUACUCAAACUCACUGACUUUGGCUUUGCCAAGGAGACCACUCAAAAUGCCCUGCAGACACCCUGCUACACUCCCUAUUAUGUGGCUCCUGAGGUCUUGGGUCCAGAGAAGUAUGACAAGUCGUGUGACAUGUGGUCCCUGGGCGUCAUCAUGUACAUUCUCCUGUGUGGCUUCCCACCCUUCUACUCCAACACGGGCCAGGCCAUCUCCCCAGGGAUGAAGAGGAGGAUCCGCUUGGGCCAGUAUGGCUUCCCCAAUCCUGAAUGGUCAGAGGUUUCUGAGGAUGCUAAGCAGCUGAUCCGCCUCCUGCUGAAGACAGACCCCACAGAGAGGCUGACCAUCACACAGUUCAUGAACCAUCCCUGGAUCAAUCAAUCGAUGGUGGUGCCACAGACCCCGCUUCACACGGCCCGGGUGCUGCAGGAGGAUAGAGACCACUGGGAUGAGGUCAAGGAGGAGAUGACCAGUGCCCUGGCAACCAUGCGUGUGGACUAUGACCAGGUGCAGAUCAAGGACCUGAAGACCUCUAACAAUCGACUGCUCAACAAGCGGAGAAAGAAGCAAGCAGGCAGCUCCUCAGCCUCACAGGGGUGCAACAACCAGUAGCUCACGGGGCCUUGGAUGAGCUGGGCCUCUCGGUGUGGGGCACAGACCAGAGUGUGCUGAGGCCCUGACCCAGAGGGCCUGAGGUCAUUAUUUUUAACAAAAGGAUCAUUUUUGUUGUGUUUUAAUUUGUCACUUAGAACAUCAGGAUGGGAGACUGUGACUCCAAACCUCACUAGAGAGGGCCCAGAGCUCGGGAGUUAGGGAGCCACCUGCCACAGCUGUAACGCCUCUGGCCAGAGCAGCCCUAGUGAGACAGAGGUCUGUCCUGCGCUGGGGCAUGGCCUUAGACUUCUAGGCUACUGGGGGUUGUGGUGGGCUUCCCUCCUCCUAUGGAGACACCCCUCUGUGGGGUGGGCAGAUGGGCCUGGCCUUGGGAAAGGCAUCUGGCCAUUGGUUGCCAUGGUGACCAGGGACCGAGUUGCUGUCUGUGAAUGCUGAGUAAGAGAGCAAGGGAGGGAGAAGGGGCAAUUGAGGGUCUACCUCUGUUUCCUUGGAGAGGCUUAUCUCCCUCACACUACUUGCCCUUCUCAGGAUUCCUCCCUUUGGUCUCCUUAAGGCCACAGGGGCAGUCUGCCUGCCUCGCUGGGGCAUCCAGCCCUAUCUUGCUGCAACCCCAUCCCACAGGGCCCUUGGAGCUCGCUCUCUGCAGAGUCCCUGGGCCUAGUUUUCCUGUUACUAACCCUUACGCAAAGAGUGGCCUCUCAUCUCAGGGAAGGGUGGGAGGUAUUUUUAACCCUUUUCUACUUUGGAAACUGACCCUGUGACAAAAGCUGGUACAGUUCUCCUGCCCUCACUCGCUCACCAGAUCCCAGACAAGAAAGCUUCUCUCUGUAAUGGUUCAUCCUCCACCUUGUCCUGGUUGAUAGCAGGGACUGUCUCCUGGUGUACUUUUGUGAGAGUGGAUGGCUGAGGACAAGACCAAGAGGCUUCCCGUUAAUCAGGGGUCUCUUUCUAUACUCUGGGUCAGACCUGAGGCAGUGGAGGGCUGCUGAGUGAUGCUUAGAAGGUCUGGUUCUGGGUCCUGGCUUCGGCCUGAGCGGGAAAAGAGAGGAUCCCUUCCUUGCUGGCCCAGACUUACCCAGGCCCACCCUGCCCGGUGUAGCCUCAGGGUUCUUAGUGCCUGAUAGGGGCCUGACAAGUGCCUGAUUCACAGCCUGGUUCCUGACCCUCUCUCACUGGCUGGGAAGCCCUAGACCACAUCAGGUAGGAAAACACCACUGGGGUUUACAUCUAGAUAUUAAUAAACACCAUUUUGGGAUUUUC